GAAAACAGCCGCCAUUUUGGAUGCUUGGCGUCUUUUCAAAUGUGUUUUUCUAAAACUUUGUUGACCUUCAUGUCGUGAAAAAAUGCCAAGAGAACGAAAGUUACCUGCAAAACUACGCGAUUCAGCUACUGUCGAGGACCUGGAAGCAGCAGAGGAAGGAAGCACAUCCGCACCUGAAAGUCCCAUGAAGCUCCAAAGAAAAGAAUCUUCAUCUAGCUCAUCUGAUCUAGCAAGUCCAGGAGAAAAGAUGAACUUUAACAACACUAUUGGAUCCAAUGUACCCAUCACUAACAUGACACAUUUAACAUCAGCAGUUAAUCAGGGAAUCUAUCCAGCACAAAUGGGACCUGGUAAUGGUACAGUCCAAACAGAACCGAUGUACCCAUGUGGGAUCUGCCUGAAAGAAGUAGAUGAUAAUGACGAUGCUAUUCUCUGUGAAACAGGCUGUGGCAAAUGGUAUCACAGACUAUGUACUGGUCUGACGGCUGCAGCAUAUGGGUUGCUAACAAGUGAAGGGAAUGCUGAGUGGGUCUGCAAUAGAUGUAUAGAAACUAAAAACAUUCCUCUUGUUAAGUUAAAUAGCUAAUCACUACAGUAUUUAGUUUUACUGUCAUUAUCCACUUGCGCAAAAACUUGUACAGAACCUAACGUUUCAUACAUACCAUCCAUGUUAACUUAUCCAUCAUAGACGUUGUAUCCUAUUGCAUCGACACCAUGAAUCCCAAAUGUUUGACCACUUUUGGUUUUAUUGUAAUCAAAAUAUACUUCUACGUACAGAAUAUGUGUACCAAAGUAUCAGUUUUGCUUUUGAACAUUUUUCAGAAAGUGAUAUUAUUUAGUCUGUGAAAGAAAAUAUUAAAAUGACUAUUUACUUAGUA